CUUCACACAGACCAAGAUAAAGGAGAUGGGAAUUUAAAAUACAUAUUAACAGGAGACGGGGCUGGUAGUCUGUUCGUUAUAGACGAAAAUACAGGAGACAUUCAUGCUGCAAAGAAAUUAGACAGAGAAGAAAAAUCCCUGUACAUUCUUCGUGCCAAGGCUAUAGACAGAAAGACCGGGCGGCAGGUGGAACCAGAAUCUGAAUUUAUCAUUAAAAUCCAUGAUAUCAAUGACAAUGAGCCAAAAUUUACGAAAGACUUAUACACUGCCAGUGUUCCUGAAAUGUCUGGAGUCGGUACAUCUGUUAUACAAGUGACUGCAACAGAUGCAGACGAUGCCAACUAUGGAAAUAGUGCCAAAGUGGUCUACAGCAUAUUGCAAGGACAGCCAUAUUUUUCAGUGGAUCCAGAAUCAG